GCUGGCAACACUAACAAAAAAAAGAGUUCCGUAAUCUCAAAAAUGGCUCUCUCUGCAAGAUUCCAGUUUAAAAGUCUUCUGCGGUCAUCCUUGUUUCGACUAGAAAAGAGAGCGUGCCAGAUAAGCGUCAAGGAAAGAAUCGAGAAGAAAAGAAGCGAAGCUUUAGUUGGAGGAGGCAAAAAUCGAAUCGAUGCGCAACAUAAAAGAGGAAAGUUAACGGCAAGAGAGAGAAUAACGCUGUUAAUGGAUCCGGGAAGUUUUGUAGAAUACGACAUGUUUACAGAACAUACGUGUACAGAUUUUGGAAUGGAAAAAGAGAAAUAUCCGGGUGAUAGCGUAGUGACCGGUCACGGUUUAAUUCACGGAAGACAAGCAUUUGUAUUUAGCCAGGAUUUUACUGUCUUUGGUGGAAGUCUUUCAACUGUUCAUGCAAAGAAAAUAUGCAAGAAAUUAUGUAUAUUUAUUAAAGGUGUUGCGCACAAUGCUUUUGAAAAUGAUGUCGAUGCCCUGCUUCAGCUCAGGAAAUUUUAUAAUUUUCUACCGUUAAGUAACAGAGAGCCUCCUCCGAUAAGAGAAUGUGAUGAUCCUUGGGAUCGUAAAGUUUAUGGUUUGGAUACUGUGAUUCCCAUUGAAAGUACUGCUGCCUAUAACAUGCUAGAUGUUAUACUUGGUAUAAUAGACGAACGUGACUAUUUCGAAAUUAUGCCAAACUACGCAAAAAAUCUGACUGUGGGUUUUGCUAGGAUGAACGGCAGAACUGUUGGAAUCGUUGGAAACAAUCCAAAAUAUGCCGCAGGAUGUCUGGACAUAAAUUCUUCCGUCAAGGGAGCCCGUUUUGUUCGUUUCUGUGAUGCAUUUAACAUUCCAAUAGUGACGUUUGUCGACGUUCCUGGGUUUUUGCCAGGUACCGCACAAGAGUAUGGAGGAAUAAUAAGACAUGGAGCCAAACUUCUCUAUGCUUUCGCAGAAGCGACUGUACCCAAAAUCACUGUCAUAACUCGAAAGGCCUACGGUGGAGCCUACGAUGUCAUGAGUUCGAAACACCUGCGUGGGGACAUCAACUAUGCCUGGCCCACAGCUGAGAUUGCUGUGAUGGGGGCCCAGGGAGCCAUCUCUAUCAUCUACAGGGGCAAAAAGGAUGUGCAGAAGUACGUGGAUGAGUAUGUGGAGAAGUUUGGCAAUCCCUUUCCUGCUUCCACCCGAGGAUUCGUGGACGACAUCAUCGAACCACAGACCACCCGCACCAGGAUCUGUCGGGACCUGGAAUUACUACAGAACAAGAAACUGACGAAUCCCUGGAAGAAGCACGCCAACAUCCCCCUAUAACGCCACCGUCAUUAAGGAAUCUCCAGACAUAUCGACGGGAGUGCAGAUUAUCGAAAUAUUAUCCUGACGGAAGGGAACUUUUGAAUCCACUUGUACAUAUGACCAACAUCCAGUUAUCUUUUGUACUCGGAGGAUAUUUUCAUAAUUUCCCACUUAAUCCCAGUAUGACUUGCCAUAAAAUAGAAGAUUGUAUCUGUGCCAAUUAAACUUUUUAAACAGAUA